UGGAGGGUUUUGGAGUAAGUUGCUAAGGAGACAGAAAAAUAUUUCGGUUCAGCAAAUCAGGAAGGUUCAUGUGAAGUUGUGUAAUACAUGGUCUCGUGUUGAUAGGCUGCGGUUGGUCUAUUUGUGUGUGAUUGCUGGUAUUCUUAUGGCGAAGGAUGAGAAGGUGUGGAUCCCAUACAAGUACAUCAAGCUCGUGAUGAACUUCGAGAAGAUGAGGAAAUAUCCGUGGGGUCUUCACUCUUUUGAUAUGCUGGUGAGUUCCAUUAUCAACGCUAGGGAUAAAGUGAAGACGCAAAACAGUUAUGUCGUAGAUGGAUUCUCGUAUGCACUUCAGAUUUGGUUGAUGGAAGCUGUUCCGGACAUUGGGUCUCUUUUGGGUCAGAAACUGAGAGAAGGCGUGACUACCAUGAGGUGCAGGAAUUGGAAAGGAUCUGCUAAGAUUUCCUAUGAGGAUAUUAUUACCAUAGAGUCUAAUUUUGCUUCCACCGGAGAUGUGUUUCCAUCCAUUUCUACAUCUGGAAAUUUCAAAGACGUGAUUACUGAUGCCGAGUUUGUUCGAGCCUGUGAGAUGAAGGAUGAAAGAGUUGAUCUAAUCAUUGACAUGCAGCGAAACAAGUAUGACUGGAGUAAGCAUGUUUGGGCUUAUAAGGAAACAGUGAAACCAUUUCAGUACAGUUCUGAGGAAGAUGGUUCAGAUGAGGAAGCGGCUGUAGAGACAAGUGAAACUGAAAUUGAAGAAGAAAUAGAAAGCACCCGUGUGUCUCCUACUAAGAAGAGGAAGAACAGGUUUCGGGAUACUGGUGCGGAGUCGAGGAAGAAGAGGUUACUUUGCCAAAGAUCAACCGAGAAAUAUAGAGAUCUUGAAGAGGAAAUGAAGUCCUAUAUCCAGAGUAUGUUUAACUCUUCUUUUACUGCCUUAGGCCUCGAGGUACGCGAGAUUAUUGAAGACCGCUUUACCAAAUUAGAGGAGAAGAUCCUUUCAUCUCAGACUCAGGGUGGUGCGCCUGCUAAUACUCAGACUCGUGGUACUGAUCCGUUUUGGACUCCUUCUGCUGCUGCUGCUGCUGCUGCUGCUGCACUGCUCCGGCUUCGGUUUCUGGUCGUCCUCCUGCUCCUACUCGGGCUUCUACCGAAGCUCCUGCUUCAGUUUCUACUCGUGGUCUUGCUCCUUCUCGCAGUGCGGCUUCUGCUCCUUAUCGCAGUCGAGCUUCUGCGACUGCUCACAAUGGUGGGCCUGCGAAUGCUGCGAAGACAAGGUCUCAGACAAAGGUAAACAAGAAGUAGAUCAUUUUUCAUGUCUUCGGUUGCUGUUAUAUUUUCAUGUCUUUGGUUGCUUUUCUUUUUCAUGUACUCGGUUUGCGGUUUGUAAUAUUAUUUUAAGGAUGAUGUUGUCUUUGCUGUGUGUAAUAAUUAUGUAAGGAUGAUGUUUUGAUGUGGAUGGAAUCUUUCUUUAAAAAUAUUAAUGUCAUGUUUUGUGUUUCAUAACCAGGAUGCAGAUUUGUCUGAUGUGUUUGGCAGCUUAUUUAGCACCUUAGAUGUGAAUAUAGGGACCCAAGAGUACUUACAUAAGACAAUGGGUAACCUUACACAAGAGUCAAAUGUUGACGGUUUUGAUCCAUCUCAAGACAAGCAGUCCGAAGGACCUUCUGAUUUCACUACGCCAAUGACUUCUUUUCGGCCACAGAUCUUCAAAACACCAUUCUUGAUUGAUAGUGAUGAUAUAGAAGUUCGUU